AGUCGUGAGUCGCGAGUCGCGAGUCACGAGUCACGAGCGUGAAUUGUGAAUGUCUUGCACGGGAGCGUGCACGCGCUGCUCGUCAUCGUCACACCGCACGCAUGAUGACCCGCCGGCAUCAACUCAUCUUGGGCGCAACAUUUACGCGCCGACGCCGCAACUCCGUCGCACACGCGCGCGAAAUGCCGGCGGUGCAUGCAUUUCCGGCGCUUAUAAUUCCAGCAUUCAUUCUCACACCGUCACGACGGAUGCUUGAGCGAAGAUCAUGCGUCGUUGCUGGCAUGACGGCACCGGCGAUUUCGCCCCCACCCCGCGAGAGGGAGUCGGGAGUGACUCUUUGAGGCGUGCCUGCGCGCACGGGUUGUGCGUUGCAGUGCGCGCGCGCAGGCUGUCGUAGCCGCCAAGACGCCGAUGCAGCGUGUCAACGAGGUCAGCGCGCGCGCGCGUCACCGAGCCAUCGCGCGAUGGCACCCAA